AUGCAUUGCGGCACUGUUUGCCUAGCACAGGUUGUCAGGUUUCCUAGCUUUAUCACAAGACGGGUCUCCAGAAAGGCCAUUACCCAGAUGGAUCCUCAAGAUGGUAUGGCCGAAGAUGGUAUGGAUGCUGAUGUCGACGAAGACGAUACUUCGAGAAAAAUGAAAAUGGGCAGUUAUAAGCUCAGCUGGUACAACACGAGUAUCAAGUACUAUCCCGAAUAG